AUGAUCGCGUCGUCUACAUCUGCCUCAUACACCGUCGCCUCCUAUACGCCAUAUCCCCAUUUCGCAACAUCCACUCCUACCUCCGUACCCCAUUUUGAAACCCCCAACGACCAAGGGAAAAUGCACCAAUGGUCCUCGCUGAUCGGUAUCGUCACGGCUUUGAUCGGAAAUGUUCUGAUUUCUUUGGCGCUCAAUAUCCAGCGCUAUGCGCACAUUCGAAUUUCCCAUGAAUACGAACUCGAUAAGCUCCAUAAAGAAGAUAGCUGGCGCCGAACGCAAUCUGGGGAAGAGUCGUCAAAUUCAUAUGGGACCAUAGGAGAGAAUGGAGGUCAGACUCGUGGCCGGGGGAGAUUGCCGCCGCGGAACCGUCGCAGUAACAGCGAACGCCGCGAGUUCGAGGCUUAUCGUGAUGACGAGAACGAGACCAUCUCUGGUCGUCGCAAUGGUGAUUCGACAUCGGAAGACCACAUGCGUGCCUCCUUUACGUCUGAUCGCACCGCUCGCCCCGACGACUCGGAAGGCCGAAAGUCUUAUCUUCGAUCGCCAUAUUGGUGGGCUGGUAUCAUCUUGAUGUGUCUUGGAGAGACAGGUAAUUUCAUGGCAUACGGUUUUGCGCCGGCAUCGAUUGUGUCACCACUUGGUGUGGUAGCUUUGAUCUCAAAUUGCGUCAUUGCACCGUGCUUGCUGAAGGAACAGUUUCGAGGCCGAGAUUUCUGGGGCGUAUUGGUCUCCAUUGCCGGUGCCGUAGUGGUUGUUCUCAGCGCCAAGUCGUCCGAGGAGAAACUUGGACCUGAUGAGAUCUGGGCUAGAAUUACCACUUGGGAGUUUGAGCUUUAUAUGGGUUUGACUAUCGGGCUGAUUGUUAUUCUCAUGUGGGGCAGCUAUCAAUAUGGCCCCCGCUCAAUUCUGAUCGAUGUUGGACUGGUGGCACUUUUUGGUGGAUACACAGCUUUGUCUACUAAGGGUGUUUCCUCCCUACUGUCAUUUACCCUAUGGCACGUCAUCACGUAUCCUAUCACAUAUCUACUUGUUUUCGUUUUGAUUUCGAGCGCAUUGAUGCAGAUCAAGUACAUUAAUCGGGCUCUGCAACGCUUUGAUUCCACACAAGUGAUUCCGACCCAGUUCGUGCUUUUUACCCUCUCUGUGAUCGUCGGAAGUGCAGUCCUCUACCGUGAUUUUGAAUCCAUGUCUGUUGCCCGUGCAGGAAAGUUUGUUGGAGGUUGUCUAAUGACUUUCCUGGGAGUUUACUUUAUCACAAGUGGUAGGGUCCGCUCUGAUGACGAGUCUACAUUCUCAACCGAGGACGAGGAAGAAGCAAUUGGCUUGUCAAAUGGUGAAAGAUAUCGUGACAGGGUUGAUAUGUCCCCUCCGGACCAGCCCUUGCGAGCGGCCAAAGCGUUGCAGACACCUGGAAUUGGUUACGAUGGCGCAGAUUCACCUGCAGGAUCUUUAACCAGUCAAGGUAUUGAAGGAGUUGAUGACAACGACACCACACCACGAGGCGUUCUCUCGGCAGCGCCAUCUUCACCCACGCGCUCCUUGACUGCUGAUUCAGCCCUCUCGGGCCCUUUAUUCGAAAAUCCCUCACCACUGCGCCCUCCAUCUCGCAUGUCCAACCCCUGGGUAGAGUUUCAGGAUCAGGCUCUCGCGUCCCCCAAAUCUGACCCCGAGGUCCACCGCCCGAUGACACCCCCAGCACAUGGAGAAGCCACAGGUCAGGAGUCAACAGUGCUUCUUCGCUUCCCUCCAGCCCCGGGAAUAGAUGACUUGUCACCUGGUGCUAAUACCACAGCUCUUCGAAGAGCCUCGACACCUGCUGUAGGCGGUUCGCCUCAUCUUGCUGAGAGAGCCCACGCAGCUCUUGAAACGCCUACAAAACGUGUCUUGCGAAAUUCUAUUUCGCAUAGGUUCUCCCCUGGUCCACUUCUUCCCACACUCUCGGGUGGCUUCAGUGCUGUGGUUGCGGAAUCUCUUCGACGUGGUGAAGGCAGCCCUUACAAGGAUCGUUCUGGUAGGCGGAAAGCCGGACGCCGAAGACAAGUAGACGGCGUAUUUGGAGAUGCUUUGUAUCGAGACUAUGAUGGAGAUGCAGGCCCUCUCGGUGAGAUCGAUCGGGUUGACACUCCUCUUACGCUGGCUACAGCACGGCUUCAGUCUGCUACGAGCCUAGUCGAUCCGUCUGCAGAGGCUGGCCGCUCUACUCCCGCCCUUGCCACGGAAGUUUACAACACGCCAGCUCCGAAACCAGACGAAGAGGGUACUCGUCUUCGUAGCUUCAGCGACUCGUGGAGUGGUGGGCUUGCUUGGCUAGGUGGGGCACUGCGAAAGACUCAAAAUCACGAGAGUGUCGACAGCAGUGCAGUGACGCAAGGAACUGUGACACCACAGGAUGGCGAGACACCGUCUGCUCAAAGUGGUAAUCACGACAGCACCAAUGUCGAUCCCGAAUCUCGAUCAUAA